UCGACUCACAACUAUUUCUCACUUCCAGCUUCGCGCCCGACCAACAAUGGCGACAAAUGCCUGAUGGAAGUAUCCUGGAGCUUCGGAAGGAAAAGUCGAGAGACGCCGCCCGGUCCAGGAGAGGGAAAGAAAAUUACGAGUUUUAUGAGUUGGGCGAAGAUGUUGCCGUUGCCUCCAGCCAUCACCUCCCAGUUGGACAAGGCCUCCAUCAUCCGCCUCACUAUCUCCUACCUCAAGUUGCGGGAGUUCACCUUGCACGGAGAUCCUCCUUGGCCCCGCGAUCAUAUCUCCGCCAACAAGUCACUCAAAGGUUUCCACGCCCCUGACAAGCUUUCCACGCCCCCCGAUAAGCUUUCCACGCCCCCUUACAAGCUUUCCACGCCCCCUUAUAAGCUUUCUUUCACCCCCAUUGCUGCUUUCCACCCCCUCACAACACCUCCACACCCAUGCGCGUCACGUCCCCGACAUGCUUUUCUGACGCCCCCCGAUAGCCUUUCCACGCCCCAUAACCUUUCCACGCCCCGAUAA